UCUUAUAGUAGGGCCAUACCUCCAGACUCAUAGGCUAAAUAAAACAAUACUAUCACUGGAUAAUCACAUCGGACUACUAAAAGAGUCGUUUGGAGCUUAAUUUUUAAAAACAUUUUAGGCAGAGGAUUCACACAUUUGUUUACAAUGAAAUUCCACAUGGAUUUAUUUCUAUUGACAUUUAUUGUGAACGCGAACUGCUCUGCUGCUAUAUAUUGGCUUGGACUUACUGUAAAUGGGAGUUCUUUAGGCUGGAAUCAAACUAAUCAUUGCAAGCUGCUAGACGCGUUGGCCCAUGAGCAAUUGCAACUUUGUCGGCGAAAUAUCGAGUUGAUGCACAGUAUUGUCCACGCCGCCAAGAUGACCAAAAAUACAUGUCAGAACACCUUCGGUGACAUGCGGUGGAACUGUUCCUCUGUUGAAAAAGCCCCUCGUUUUACACCAGAUUUAGCAAAGGGCACCAGGGAGUCUGCGUUUGUGUUCUCACUAGCUGCUGCCGUAGUGAGUCACUCCAUCGCCAGAGCCUGCUCUUCUGGAGAGCUCCCCAGCUGCUCGUGCGCCCCAGCCCCUGCUGAACAGGCCGGGCCCGAAUUCAAAUGGGGAGGAUGUGGUGAUAACCUGCACUAUGGUCUCCAAAUGGGAUCUGCUUUUUCUGAUGCACCGAUGAGAAACAGCAGAUCUGGCUCUCAGCCGGUCAGACUGAUGAACUUGCACAAUAAUGCAGUUGGAAGACAGGCACUUAUUGAUGCCCAGGAGACCAAUUGCAAAUGCCAUGGGGUGUCUGGGUCCUGCUCUGUCAAAACAUGUUGGAAGGGCCUCCAUGAUAUUAAUCACAUUGCCAUGGAUCUCAAAUCCAAGUACCUGUCUGCCACCAAGGUGAUCCAUCGUCAUGUUGGGACAAGGAAGCAGUUGGUCCCCAGAGAGUUGGAUUUUCGACCAGUGAGAGAGAGUGAUUUGGUCUACCUGAUCAGCUCUUCGGAUUACUGCACAUACAAUGAGAAGCAUGGCUCACUCGGCACACAGAACCGACAGUGCAAUAAGACAUCCAACGACAGUGGGAGUUGCAAUAUAAUGUGCUGUGGUCGCGGCUACAAUGCCUUCGCUGAGAGAAUUGUGGAGAGAUGCCAGUGCAAGUAUCACUGGUGCUGCUAUGUCACCUGCAAGAGGUGUGAAAGGACAGUGGAGAGAUAUGUAUGCAAAUAAACUUUGCAUAGAGAAACUUGAGUAAACAUGAAGCACUAUUUUAACCACCAUAUCUGUCAAGCUGUGCUGGCCCAGGUCACCUGACCUAACUUCCCGUGUAGUAGUACGUAGUCUGCAGGCUACAGUACAAUAAAAAACAAGAGGAACAACUCACAUACAAUACCAAAAAUAAACAGAUGGAUCUGGACUCCUCUGUUACCUGUUUUAAAGAGACUGGAGGAGGGCACUACUGUGAAAAAUGUUGUGUUACUUGAAGAGAAAAUGUGAUUGAUUGGGAGCUGUUCAUGCUUGAUUAGUAACAUGUUCCUCAAUAGAAGAUUAGUUGAAUUGAUUACAAAGGAGGUACCCUAAAUGCAAACCGUCCAGUCAGCUUUAAGUUGUUCAACUGACACUGAAAAGCUUUUAACAAUUUACAUCUUACUCAUGAACUAAAUUGCCAAAUGAGAGGCAGAAUAGCUGAUUGAUCUAAUUUGAAUGUCCAUUUUAGUCAAAAGGGGCUAAUGCCAUAUACUCCUCAGUUUAGGUACAUUCUGAUCAUAGGCAUACAGAAUACAUUUUAGCUGUAUUUUUUGUUUUUAUUAAUACAUUAGGCAUGUUGAUGUACAUAAGUGCAAUUUUAUAUUUAUUUCUAUUA